AUGGAGAGCGGCGGCGGCGGGACCCCCCCGGCCGGGGCGCUUGCGGGGGCGGUGGGCGAGCGCCCUCCGUGGCCGCUGCCGCCCGGGAGCGAGGGCGCGGCCGGGGCGGCGGAGCCCGACGGGGCGGCGGAGCCCGACGGGGCGGCGGAGGGCGCGGCGUGCGACGGCGGCGGGUCGCGGCGGCCGCUGCGGGCAGUGUACGUGCGCGGCGACAGCUCCCACGGCGGCGCGGCCGGCGGCUCUGAGGCGGGGGCGCGCCAGUGUCUGCUGCGGGCCUGCGAGGCCGAGGGUGCCCACCUCACCUCCGUGCCCUUCGGGGAGCUCGACUUCGGGGAGACGGCCGUGCUCGACGCCUUCUACGACGCAGAUGUUGCUGUGGUGGACAUGAGUGAUGUCUCCAGACAGCCUUCCCUCUUCUACCAUCUUGGAGUCCGUGAAAGCUUUGACAUGGCCAAUAAUGUGAUCCUGUACCACGACACCGAUGCCAACACCGCUCUUUCAUUGAAGGAUAUGGUAACUCAAAAAAACACAGCAUCUAGUGGAAAUGAUUAUUUCAUCCCCUACAUCGUGACUCCGUGCGCGGAUUAUUUUUGCUGUGAGAGUGACGCCCAGAGGCGAGCCUCGGAGUACAUGCAGCCCAACUGGGACACACUCCUGGGCCCACUGUGCCAGCCCCUGGUGGACAGGUUCAUCAGCCUCCUCAAGGACAUCCACGUGACCUCAUGUGCUUAUUACAAAGAAACCUUGUUAAAUGACAUCCGGAAAGCCAGAGAGAAAUACCAGGGCGAUGAACUGGCGAAGGAGCUGGCUCGGAUCAAACUCCGCAUGGACAAUACAGAGGUUCUGACCUCAGACAUCAUCAUUAAUUUACUCUUGUCCUACCGUGAUAUCCAGGACUAUGAUGCGAUGGUGAAGCUGGUUGAAACACUGGAGAUGCUGCCUACGUGUGAUUUGGCCGAUCAGCAUAAUAUUAAAUUCCACUAUGUAUUUGCACUGAAUCGGAGAAACAGCUCAGGUGACCGUGAGAAGGCUCUUCAGGUCAUGCUUCAGGUUCUGCAGAGCUGUGAUCACCCAGCCCCUGACAUGUUCUGCCUGUGCGGGAGGAUCUACAAGGACAUCUUCUUGGAUUCAGACUGCAAAGAUGAUGCCAGCCGAGACAGUGCCAUUGAGUGGUAUCGCAAAGGGUUUGAGCUCCAGUCAUCUCUUUAUUCGGGAAUUAACCUUGCGGUUUUGCUGAUAGUUGCUGGACAGCAGUUUGAAACUUCCAUGGAACUAAGGAAAAUAGGUGUCCGGCUGAACAGUUUGUUGGGAAGAAAAGGAAGCUUAGAGAAAAUGAACAAUUACUGGGAUGUGGGCCAGUUCUUCAACGUCAGCAUGUUGGCCAGUGACGUCGGGAAGGCCGUCCAAGCAGCAGAGAGGUUGUUCAAAUUGAAACCUCCAGUCUGGUACUUGAGAUCAUUAGUUCAGAACUUGUUAUUAAUUCGGCGCUUCAAGAAAACUAUUAUUGAACAUUCACCCAGGCAAGAACGGCUUAACUUCUGGUUAGAUAUAAUUUUUGAGGCAACAAGUGAAGUUACUAAUGGACUCAGAUUUCCAGUUCUGGUGAUAGAGCCAACCAGAAUCUACCAGCCUUCCUAUGUGUCUAUAAACAGUGAAGCAGAGGAGAGGACAGUUUCUUUAUGGCAUGUCUCCCCCACGGAAAUGAAACAAAUCCACGAAUGGAAUUUUACAGCCUCUUCCAUUAAGGGAAUAAGCUUAUCCAAGUUUGAUGAACGGUGUUGUUUUCUUUAUGUCCAUGAUAAUUCUGAUGACUUUCAAAUCUACUUUUCCAGCGAAGACCAGUGUAGUAGGUUUUGCUCUUUGGUCAGAGAGAUGAUAACCAAUGCAGUGGGCAGUGCAGUGGAGCUGGAGGGGGAGACCGAUGGAGACACCCUAGAGUAUGAGUAUGACCAUGACGCAAAUGGCGAGAGAGUUGUGUUGGGGAAAGGCACGUACGGGAUUGUGUAUGCCGGCCGGGACCUGAGCAAUCAAGUGCGAAUAGCCAUCAAAGAAGUCCCCGAAAGAGACAGCAGAUACUCUCAGCCUCUGCACGAGGAGAUCGCCCUGCACAAGCACCUGAAGCACCGCAGUAUUGUGCGGUACCUGGGUUCUGUCUCGGAGGACGGCUACAUUAAGAUAUUUAUGGAGCAGGUGCCUGGAGGAAGCCUUUCUGCCCUUUUGCGAUCCAAAUGGGGGCCGAUGAAGGAAUCCACUAUCAAGUUUUAUACCAAACAGAUCCUGGAAGGCCUUAAGUAUCUCCAUGAAAACCAGAUCGUGCACAGAGACAUAAAGGGCGAUAAUGUUCUGGUAAACACCUACAGUGGCGUGGUGAAAAUCUCCGAUUUUGGAACCUCUAAACGUCUUGCAGGAGUGAAUCCUUGCACAGAGACUUUUGCAGGCACUCUGCAGUACAUGGCACCUGAGAUCAUCAAUCAAGGACCUCGCGGGUAUGGUGCCCCAGCUGAUAUCUGGUCCCUGGGCUGCACCAUCAUUGAGAUGGCCACCAGCAGGCCCCCAUUCCAUGAGCUUGGCGAGCCGCAGGCAGCGAUGUUCAAAGUGGGGAUGUUUAAGAUCCACCCUGAGAUUCCUGAAGCCCUGUCAGCUGAAGCCAGAGCCUUCAUUUUAUCCUGUUUUGAGCCUGACCCCCACAAACGGGUCACCGCUGCUGAUCUGCUCAGAGAGUGCUUCUUAAGGCAGGUGAACAAGGGCAAGAAGAACCGAAUCGCUUUCAAGCCCUCAGAGGGUGCUCGGGGUGCCCUCCUGGCCCUGCCCACGCCUGGGGAGUCCAUGGGCAGCAGCAGCAGCGAGCACGGUUCCAUCUCCCCAGACUCCGACGCCCAGCCUGACGCGUUCUUUGAGAAAGCCCAGGUGCCCAAGCACCAGCUCAGCCACCUUCUCAGUGUUCCUGAUGAGAGCUCGGCCUCAGAAGACCGGAGCACGGCCUCGUCCCCAGAAGACAGGGACCCAGGCCUCUUCCUGCUGCGCAAGGACAGUGAGCGCCGCGCUAUCCUGUACAAAAUCCUCUGGGAGGAGCAGAACCAGGUGGCUUCCAACCUGCAGGAGUGUGUGGCCCAGAGUUCAGAAGAGUUGCACCUCUCCAUUGGCCACAUCAAGCAGAUAAUUGGGAUCCUGAGGGACUUCAUCCGCUCCCCAGAGCACAGAGUGAUGGCCUCCACAAUAUCAGAGCUAAAGGUGGACCUGGACUUCGACAGCUCAUCCAUCAAUCAGAUUCACCUGGUGCUGUUCGGCUUUCAGGAUGCUGUAAAUAAAAUUUUGAGGAACCACUUAAUUAGGCCCCACUGGAUGUUCGCAAUGGACAAUAUCAUCUGCCGUGCAGUGCAGGCCGCAGUCACCAUUCUUAUCCCAGAGCUCAGAGCCUACUUUGAGCCUGCCUCUGAGACUGAAGGGGUGGAUAAGGACACGGAUGAAGUGGAAGAGGACUAUCCCCCAGCAGACCUGGCCGGCAGAGAAGCCCAGCCCCACCAGCAGCACCUGAGCCUCCAGCUGGAGAAGCUCAGGCAGGAGACCAACAGACUUUUGGAACACCUAGUUCAAAGAGAGAGAGAGUAUCAGGAUCUUCUACGGCAAAGUCUAGAAGAGAAAACUCAAGAACUGUGUCACCUUCAGUUACAAUUCAAGUCUAAUGAUAUCACAGAGAACCCAGCACUUCCUCACGGGCAGAGAGCAGAUCAAGAGCUUAUGGACUGGUUGCAACUGCAAGGAGCGGAUGCAAACACAAUUGCAAAGAUUGUCGGAGAGGGUUACACACUUUCUCAUAUUCUUAAUGAUAUCACUAAGGAAGAUCUAAGAUGCCUUCAGCUACGUGGUGGCCUCCUCUGUAGGCUCUGGAAGGCGGUCUCCCAGUACAGAAGACAGGCUCAGGCGUCCAAAGAUUAG